CAACUGUCACGAUUGAUUGUAUUCUAUUAGUGAAUGGUAAUUUAAUGUAAGCUAUUAAAAAACUUAUUUUCUAAAAGCAAAUUCUAUAGAAAGUUUUUUAUUCUAAGUAUAUUCAGUGACAUUGAGAGAUAAUUGCCAAACAUGAGUAAUGGAGAUACAAUGAAACGGAAACUUAGCGGUGAAAAUGGUAUAGAGGCUACAGAACCAGCAAUUAAAAGUAGCAAGACUCACAUUCAGUGUCCCUAUUUGGAUACUAUUAAUAGGCAUGUGUUGGAUUUUGACUUCGAAAAAUUGUGCUCCGUUUCUCUUACAAGAAUAAAUGUAUAUGCUUGUCUGGUCUGUGGGAAGUACUUCCAGGGCCGUGGUACUAAUACACAUGCAUACACACAUUCUGUAGCAGAGGGCCAUCAUGUGUUCCUCAAUUUGCAUACUCUUAAAUUUUACUGUCUACCAGAUAAUUAUGAAGUCAUUGAUUCAUCUCUCAAUGAUAUAAAAUAUGUUUUGAAUCCCAUCUUCACUCCGGACCAAAUAAAGCAGUUGGACCAAAAUAUUAAAAUGUCAAGAGCAAUAGACGGAACCAUGUAUAUGCCUGGUAUAGUCGGACUUAACAAUAUCAAGGCCAACGAUUACUGUAAUGUUAUAUUACAGUGUUUAGCACAAGUCAGACCACUACGUAACUACUUUCUACGGGAAGAAAACUAUGCUGACGUGAAAAGGCCUCCUGGUGAUUCUUCAUUCCUGCUGGUGCAAAGAUUCGGUGAACUUUUGCGUAAGCUCUGGAAUCCCAGGGCAUUUAAAGCCCAUGUGUCUCCUCAUGAGAUGUUGCAAGCUGUUGUGUUGUGGUCUAAAAAGAGAUUCCAAUUCAUCAAACAGAGUGAUCCAAUUGAUUUUCUAUCUUGGUUUCUCAACUCGCUCCACAUGGCCUUGAAUGGAACCAAAAAGCCAAACAGUUCCAUAAUAUAUAAAUCUUUUCUUGGUCACAUGAGAAUAUAUACUAGGAAACUACCUCCCCCAGAUGCUGAUGAGGCAGCAAAUGUGGACUUAAAUAGUGAAGAAUAUAACGAAAUGAUAACAGAAUCACCAUUUCUUUAUUUAACAUGUGACUUACCUCCAACACCGCUUUUUACUGACGAAUUUAGGGAAAAUAUUAUCCCUCAGGUUAAUCUCUAUCAGCUUUUAUCAAAAUUUAAUGGGCAAGCAUCGAAAGAAUAUAAAACGUACAAGGAGAAUUUCCUAAAAAGGUUUGAAAUAACCCAACUUCCACCGUACCUGAUAUUAUAUAUAAAGAGAUUCACGAAAAACACAUUCUUUGUCGAAAAGAAUCCCACUGUUGUUAAUUUUCCAGUGAAGAAUGUUGAUUUUGGAGAUAUUCUUACGCCUGAAAUAAAAGCAAAACACAAUGGCAAAACUAUAUACGAGCUUGUUGGUAAUAUAGUACAUGACGGAACACCCGAGAAAGGCACUUACAGAGCUCAUGUGCUGCACACACCUACACAGCAAUGGUAUGAAAUGCAAGAUCUUCAUGUAACCAGCAUUUUGCCGCAAAUGAUCACUCUCACAGAAGCUUAUAUACAAGUGUAUGAAUUGAAACAGGAUUAAUUUUAACAUUAUAAAUAAUAUAAUAGUUUUACACAUAAAAUGUUUUAUUUAUUGCUUAUACAAAUUUCUGUAAACAGAUUCCAAUCAUAUAUCCAUUACAUACAUUUAUAUGCCAAAGUCUCUACUUGAUAAAUAUUUGAGAAAAUAUAUUAUGUUUGCUACACAUUUGACACAGUCUGAACAAUUGUUUAAUAUUAUUGGGUAUGCAUAUGAAUAAAAUAUUCUAGACACAUAUUCACUUAGUCUUAUAAUUUUAGUCUUAUAGCAGACACAUUGGUAUUGCAAAAUGCUGUCCGAGUCCCGCUUUACAGUAAAGCAUAAAAAAUGACUAGCGAGGUAUGUCGAAAUGUUGUGAUACUGUAUGGUAGUGGUGAGGUGCAUAAGAUUCUUUUGUGAAUUUUAUAAGACAAGUAAAUAUACAAACUUAUUAACACCAGUACAAGGAAUGUCAUGUAAGUACCCAGCUAGUGCAUCUUCAAAAUAAACGAAAAUUGUU